GCUCAAACUUUUGGUAGUAUGUAGUUGGCAACGCUAUUAAUUGAGAAAAUAUAUCUUGUUUAAUUUUUCCGCGUUCGUAAUUUUAUUAAUAUAUUUUUUAAAAGGUUGUUUAUAAAACAAUUUAUGUGUUACACAAAACUAAUUGCUGCACAAUAAGCUCAAAUAUGUCUAUACAAGAAUCGUUGAAAGGUUCAAUGCCCAUAGGGCUUGACGCCAACAACGCACCGGCAGCAAUUGUAAAUGCAGUCUCAAGUGCACCUUCCGCUAAUAAUGGAACUCCUUUGCGAAUCAAAAGUUUUCAUACAAUUGGUACGCCAGCGACAAAUAUUGAUGCGGCUGCGUCCUUAAAUUUAACUAAUACUGCUAAUAGCAUUCAACCAAAGGGAAAAACUUUACCGAAAGCUCCAGACGAAUUUUAUCGCGACCUACAACAAUUUCAUGAGAGGCGUGCUACCCCAAUAAUGUACACGCCAAAGAUCAGUGGACGAGAAAUAGACCUACAUCGACUUUACAGCGAAGUAACCGAACGCGGUGGUUUCAAUAAAGUUAAUCAACGAGAUGAAUGGGAUGAGGUCUUACCAGUAUUAGAAAUUCGCGAUAAAUGUGUGAAUGCCACAGCCGCAGUAAAGUAUAUAUACAGACGCUGUCUAGAAAAGUAUGAACGACAGAACUUUUUCGGCGAAGAUCCAGAUAAGCUGGAAGCUCUCGAAUCGGUAGAUGCCAUGGAAGGUGGUGGUCGAUCACGAAGUCGUUAUCCUGCAUCUAUUUAUUCAAGCAAUAGCGGUAGUACGAACAUCAACACAGUCCCAAUGGCUUACAAUUAUAGACAACAUAUUGUGAAUAUGGAUAGGCGUCGUACCUAUAAACUCUCUACAGAUCUUCAUAAGCCGUCACCUUAUGAAAAGCUUAUGCUUUCUCUUAUUUCACCACUUCCAAACGAACAAGAUUUCGCUAUAAAUGUUUGCUCAUUAAUGUCAAAUGAAAACAAGCACACACUAAAGCUGAAUGAAUAUCCGAAACUUUUGGAUGUGCUGCUGGCUCAUACUGGAGUAUUUCCAGAUUACACCUUACGCAAAUUGUUUCAACAUAUUUACACGCAAGUACGGGAGCACUCACUUUUCAAUUUUUGGCGUGACUUGUUGCGUGACAAACCGCAGAUUUUAGAUUUGUAUACAGAUGAACAAGCUAUGCGUGAUGCAGGACUAAUAGAUGAUGAAGAUAUUGAAAAUAUAACCAAAAAAAUUGAUGAAAAUAUGGACUUGGAUUUCUUGAAUUUGGGACCCGGAGAAGGCACCCAGGAGUAUGUAGGUCAACGUGUACAGCAAAUUGUAGCAAUAUUUCGAAAUCUUAGCUUUUUUGAGGAAAACAUAAAUGUAUUUGCAAAAAAUCGAUCAUUUAUGCGUUUCAUAGUGAUGGGUGCCAACAUACGUUGGGGCAAUCUACAUAACCAGAUAUUGGAUAUAGCCGGUAAUAUUGCCAAUGAAAUAGAAUUGUUAGAUCCCUCAACGGACGACGUUUCACGCAGUUUAUUGGCAACUUUGUGUGACGGUAUUGAAAGUAUGGAUCGCGGAGUAAUCAUAAACAGUUUGGAGACACUUUACAAGCUUUGUCAAACAGAUGGCAAUGAGGAACAUAUAACCAAGUGUUUACAGCUUAAGUUUUAUGAAAAUAUUUGCCAAUUUCUCUGUCUAAAUGAUAUUAUGCUCCUUAUAUUUACACUGGAAACAAUUUACGCGCUAACAUCAUUGGGAACACGAUCUUGUCAUCUAAUAAUGCAGGUACGAGGUAUCGUAGAUCAGUUGGUGUCUUUGGUCACUGUCGAAGCACAAUCAUACGGUCCAGAUGGUUGUAUUUUAAUGCGCGUUGUGGAAACAGUGCCAGGUAAUAUGCUACCAAUGGUGGCACAAAACAUCGCAAAUCUGCAAAAUGUCGCAGUUAUGCAGAAACCACCUCCACAUGUGCUUGUGCCAACAUCUCAACUACCUGCACCACAAGCACCCGUACCUAUGCAAGUCAUGUCAACACAAAUUACACCUUCACAUCCACAGCUGACUACGGUGAAAGUGCCACAAGUUUUAAACGAUUCUUCUCAAAAUCACCAACCCAUGCUGGUUGAUCAGACUACUACAAUGCCAACAACAACGACGGUACAGCAAUCAGAACCACCGGCAGCACAACAGCAAGCAACGAACUUAGCGCAAUUACCUGCUGGUCCAGCUCCAAAUUUUACGCAUGAGGAUGAACAAUAUGCUUUGGCUUGGCUAGGCGCUAUUUUUGAGCGAACAACAACUACCGAGAGUCACGUCGAGCAACAAGAACUCUAUCGCAUGUACUUAGCUCACUGCCAGAAGUUCGGUAAACAUUCGGUUGUUAAUCAUUUACAAUUUCCCCGUUUGGUACGCUUAAUAUAUACGAACAAUGUCGGCCCCAUGGCAGCGCGUCGCAGUGAUGGCACGGAAUUGCAAGGAUUCUACUACGUUGGAAUACGAUUGCGUGCACAGCCAUUACCCAUACAAUCAUCCAAGUUACCUCAAAAUCAAAUAAAAUCUUUGGAGAGUAAACUACCAACGAAAAUCAAUACGGUUGAAAGUCCUGUCGGCUCCACCACGCCUGCACGCAAACUGAAGAAAAAACCCAAAUUGCAGCACGAACCAGACGCAACAUCUGCGGAUUUAACAGCUCCUACUCUGACUUCUACUACUACAACCACAACAACUAUGCAAGAGCUAUCUGAUACCCAGCCAAAAAUAAUUGAAGAUACUACAUCUAUUGCAUCGUCUAUAACAACGUCCACCAGCUCAUCUCACAGUGACGCCGCUUUAUUAAUAGUGUCAGCUCCGCACGGUGCUACAUCAUCUUCGCUACCUGUACAACAUUCCGCAGAUUCAACAGUGCAACCCUCCUCUUCACUGAUUAAGAGCUUAUUGGCCAACAAGGUGACUCAACGUCAGCAAAAAAAUCAGAAGGAAAUAAUUACUGCCGCCAACAGUAACCAGUUUGCCACUAUUAGUUCCUCAAAUGCUUCAGGAAGCGCUCUUACACAACAACCAAUCAAAGUCGCCAGUACUGCUAUAAGCGCUUUGGUGAAUAAUCCGCUCAUGCAGAAUACACCUGUAAAAGUUGGACAAACUACUAUUAAGCCACUGAAUCCACAAGUGCCCUUGGAGAAAAAACCACUGCUUGAUUCAACACCACCACCAUUGGCACCACUUAGUGGGAAUAAUGUUGCGAAGGAUUCCAGUGGGCGCCCGGUCAUUAUUGCUAAUCAAAUGCUAGUAGAAAUACUUGAUAAAAAAAGCGGGGAACCACCAAUAGCCGGCACAAUCAUUAAACGGAAAAUUGAGGAAUGUACGGAACCCUCGAAACGGCUAGCUUUGGAACCCAUAAACGCCAAAGAGGACUCCCAAGUAACGCCGUCAAAGAACGCAGCAAAUUUAUAUGCCGAAAUGGCUGCGUCAAUAUUAGAAGAUGAAGAUUUAGAAGACAUACCACCACUACCAGCUACAGCAACGACUUCGUCGACAUCUACUAUCUCAACGCAAUCAAAAUUGAAUGAUUCCAUUCAACAGCAACAGAUUCUAAUUCCAGCGAAAAUUCAACAGGCUACCUUACCGAGUGUUCAGCGUCAGCUGGUAUUUCAACCAAGCCAACCGUCUCAGCUAAAGCUGACCGCACAUGGCGGUGUUGCGCCCCCAAAUCAGCUCCCCACAGCGAUGGCUACCAUAAAAACAGAUCAAGGAUUACAAACAGUACCAGUUAUUUUGCAACAAACGCCAAUAGAACAGGCACAACCUCAACAGCUCAUACAACAAGUGAUCACACAGAAUAUACCGCAAGCAGCACCACAACAACAACCAACUCAAUAUGUGCUCGCCACAAAUCAGCAAGGUCAGACAUAUCUUGUAGCACAGCAACCGCAACCACAACCACCGCAGCCACAUAAAACUGUGUUAGUCACUCAAACACCUCAGCAACAAUCGACCGGUACAAAAACAAUUAUUAUACUACAGCAGCAAACGAUGCCCACUCAGCAAACACAUCCGCCGCAACCUCAGCUCAUAGCAGGAGGUUCACAAAAGAUGAUCAUGACAACGCCGCAGGGCCAAGUGGUGGUAACACAACGGCCACAACCGUCUCUGCCGACGUCGACAACACAGCAAUAUUUCAUUAAUCCACAAACCGGUACAGCCACGCAUAUUCAACAUGUUCCGGUCAGUGGCAGUGCCAUUACCGCUACUGUGUCGAGCAGUAAUCAGUUUCUACAACGCAAUCAAAUAUUAUCUACAUCGCAAGUAACCACUAUCGCCCCCACACAAACGGGCGCUGGCCAAAUUUCACCGACGUUACUUUCACAGCUGAACCACAUACCAGCUACGAUAAAAUUACAUCAGCCACAAAUGCCGACAACAACAGUGACCUCAAUAAAUCAACAUCAGCCAGCGACCAUUUCACGUAUAGGUAAAACAGUUUCCAUUGUGCAGUCUACACCAGGCUUGACGGCGUCACCAUCGACCAUACAAAUACCGCAGUUGCAGCAGCAUCAAUCUAUUAUACAACAACAUAUAAUAUCGGGACCAUCCGAAAAACGACCAAUGAUACUAGGUGGACGAGCUAUUGAAAUUAAAGAGACUGUAAUUACACAAGCACCACCACCUUCACAGCAGAGUCAAUUAAAUUCUCAAACGAUUAUAACGAAACAAGUACUGCCACAACAACAACAGCAUCAACAACAAACCCAGCAUAUACGAACUGUUAUUGAGCAACAACAACAGCACCCAUCGAUUAUUCAGCAGAAGUUGUGUUUGCAACAGCAGCCUCAAAAGGCUGUGGAACAAACAAAUAUAAUUCAACCUGUUUUGCCAAGCAAAUCACCGGUUGCUGCGCAGACGAACAUCCAACAAUCAACAACAUCUAGUAAUGCAACUCUUGCGCAACAAAUCAAAACACACACACAACAACAACAAAUUGCAACACCAGGUGCUAACAAUAAAAUAAAUGCCUCUGAGCCCCCACCUCUAACUCAGACUUCACGCACAGCCAACUCUGGCCAACCUCAACCUAAGGAAGUUACCAAACCCAAUGAAGCGUCGGGCAAUUCUGUCAACACAACAACUACAAUGGCAACAGUACCAACAACAACACAAGCUGUAACAACAUCAAGUACACCGCCACCAGCUAGCACCACUCCAACGCCAUUACCGAAACCCACACUUCCGAUGCCCCAACUGCCGCAGGUGCAAUUGCCACCUGGGGUGGCAGCAGCCGCUGCAGCCAAUGCAACACCACCCUUAGACCCCAACUGGUUAUAUGUUUGCGAUUGGCGCAAUUGUCCACGUCGCAAGUAUAAAUCUAUCAAUGAUUUACAACAUCAUACCUUUACGGUACAUUGCCCCGAUCAUUUGGAUCCGGCUGCGGAAAUCUUCUGUCAAUGGGGUGUGGGCCCAGGCCUUUGUGAUGGCAUACCGCGCAAACGUUAUUCACUUAUGACACACAUAAUAGAUCGUCACUUGACGACCGAUAAUUUGCAUGCCGCUGCGCAACGACGUGUAGCAACAGGCACGGUUAAUUUGCAGCCGGCUCAAGCACCGGUAACAAUUGUACGCAAUGUAGAGGCGGCCCAAGCGCAGGCGCAACGUAACAAUACCGCCUCCCCAGCGCCAUCGACAUCAUCGUCCUCGUCUGGUUCACAACUGUACGGAAUCGGUGUCGCCACUAGUUCAGCUAUGAACGCCAUCAAGCGGCACACAGCGGAUUAUGUCAAGGAAGUCAUGGAUGAAAAUGAAGGUCCGGUAACGAAAAGCAUACGUUUAACCGCCGCAUUGAUAUUAAGAAACCUGGUUACCUAUACCAAUACAGCGAAGCGAAAUUUACGGCGUUAUGAACCGCAUCUAUCUAAUAUAGCAUUGAGUAAUGUGGAGUCAAGUGGAGCGAUUUCACACAUUCUGUUCGAAUUGAAUAAUUAAUUCUAUGUAUAUCUAUUUAAUGGUAUUACUUCGAAAUAGCAACCAUUAACAUUUUUUACAUAUUAUCGAAUAUUAUUUUUUUAUAUUUUAAUAUCUAAUAUAUAGCGGAAUGAUAUAUCCGAUCUAAUGAAUGUAAACAUAACAUUA